UGACUCCUACACGAAUGGAUGAGCGCUGAGCUAAUGUGUAAUGCUACACAAGAGUCUGAUCCACAUGAGCAGAGAGUCGUGAAAACCGGUCAGAGCGAUUGAAAACGCGGAACCAAGACCAGAUAAAGUGAGAGCGGAGGUUAGUGUGGACCUGGUUCCCGGUGUCAGCCCACUCCUGUUGAGUAAUGGUGUCAUUACUGUAAGAGCCUCUCCACAGCAGCCCCCGUCUCUCUGUGAGGAGGACUCCUGUCAUUAACACAGCGGAACACCCUGACUCCAGCCCGCUGAGUAAGAAUGGCAACAAAAAGCAGGUUUCUGCUGCUCAGGCUGCUGAGUGAACUCAGAGCUCACGCUGGCUGGUACCGGAGCUCAGCUUCGACCUCAAGUCAAGGGCGCGUGUUAUGGAGACCUCACCUUAGACACCUGAGCUGCUCACACACACUCUACAAGUCUCCCUCUCCCAGCACAGGUCCCAGCAGUUUGUCGUUCAGGAGUCACACCUGUGGAGAACUGAGAUCAGAUCAUGUGGGACACACAGUCACUCUGUGUGGUUGGGUCCAGUACCUCAGAAAUGACCUGUUUGUCAUCCUGAGAGAUUUCAGUGGCUUAACACAAAUUUUAAUUCCUCAAGAAGAAUCUGCAGGUCAUUUGAAAGCAGUGCUGUGUGAUCUCACAGCUGAGUCUGUCAUCAAGGUCACAGGAACUGUCAGACAACGACCAGCGGGACAGGAGAACAAGGGGAUGCCAACAGGAGACAUAGAAGUCCUUGCUGAGAAUGUGGAGGUUUUCAAUGUUUCCCGCAAACUGCCUUUUGAGAUUAAAGACUUUGUCAAAAAAUCCGAGUCUUUGCGGAUGCAGUAUCGCUACCUGGACCUGAGGUCCUCUCACAUGCAGAGGAACCUCAGACUGAGAUCUGAGCUGGUGAUGAGGAUGAGAGAAUUCCUCUGUAAUGUACACGGCUUUGUUGAUGUGGAAACUCCUACUUUGUUCAAAAGAACACCAGGGGGAGCCAAAGAGUUUGUGGUUCCGUCCAGAGAGCCGGGCCGGUUCUACUCCCUGCCUCAGAGUCCACAGCAGUUUAAACAGCUUCUCAUGGUGGCAGGUGUAGACAGGUACUUCCAGAUAGCUCGGUGCUACAGAGAUGAAGGCUCCAAACCAGACCGGCAGCCUGAAUUCACCCAGGUGGACCUGGAGAUGUCUUUUGUGGACCAGACAGGUAUCAUGUCCAUAGUGGAGGGUCUGUUACAGUACUCCUGGCCUGCAGAGAAAGGUCCGAUUAAGGUUCCUUUCCGCACCAUGACGCAUGAAGAGGCCAUGAGGGACUACGGUGUGGACAAACCUGACACCAGAUUCAGUAUGAAGCUGAUCGACCUCAGUGAGGUUUUCUUAUCCACGGAAGUUGAGUUCCUCAGAUCAGCUCUCAGCCAUCCAGGAGGCUGCGUUCAGGCCGUCUGUGUCCCCGGUGGAGCGAAACUUUUCACUGGGAAAGAUUUGGAGGAAGUGAAACAAACAGCCAGGACUCAGUUUGGACAGGAGCUGAGCUUGGUGCUGGUCAGAGCAGACGGGACAUUGAAGUCUCCCCUGAAAAAGCUGCUGUCUGUCUCUUCCACAGAGGCGCUGCUGAACAGGACUGGAGCCAAACCUGGAGACCUGCUGCUGAUGGCUGCAGGCUCCCUCCACACUGUGCGCCCGUUGCUGGGUAGUCUUCGCCUGCAGUGUGCGGAUGUCCUUGAGUCUCACGGCGUGUCACUGCGAGAACCUUCAGUCUUCCACUUCUUGUGGGUUGUGGAUUUCCCUCUGUUCUUGCCCAAAGAAGAUGAGCCGGAGCAGCUGGAGUCAGCCCAUCAUCCAUUCACUGCUCCACUCCCAGAGGACACACACUUACUCUACACAGAGCCACACAAGGUACGUGGUCAGCACUAUGACCUGGUGUUGAACGGCUGUGAGAUCGGAGGAGGAUCCAUCCGUAUCCACAGAGCCUCAGAGCAGCUUCAUGUCCUGAAGAACAUCCUCAGGGAGGAUCCCAGUCUCCUCUCUCACCUGCUGGAGGCUCUGGACUCAGGAGCGCCACCACAUGGAGGCAUUGCAUUGGGUUUGGACCGGCUGGUUUCCAUCAUGGUCGGGGCUUCCAGCAUUCGUGACGUCAUCGCCUUCCCCAAGUCAUUCCGGGGUCAUGACAUUAUGAGCUGCGCCCCUGACUUGGUAUCUGAGGAGGAGCUGAAGUCUUACCACAUCUCUGUCAGAUGGCCCACAGAGCAAGGAGGAGGAGGAGAAGAGGGGAAGUGAGGAGAUUCAGAUGGAAGAGAUAAAGAGACAUCAGAGGAGGGGGGGUGAUGCUUCCCCAGAUCUCUGUAACCCUGACAACAGAGGAAAGAGGAUGAACACAACAAGGACAACGAGCAGUCUAUGACAAACUCAGAGGUCCGCCAGAGACAAGGAGGCGGAGAGAGGAUGAUGAGGAGGAGGUGCCGUGGCUGAGUCUCAGUUCUGUUACUUUAAACAGAAGAGAAAAGUCAGAAACAGUCAUAGCCAUAACCACGAAGAAAAGACUUUCCCUUCCUUGAAUAGGCAGGGCUGCAACUCUACUGACUCUACAGAGCUCAGUGUUUUGUAUUUUUCUCACAUUCUGGUCCAAAUGUUCCAUGUUCCACCUUGACAAGAAUAAAACUCCAGGGAAACACUUCAAACCUGUAA